GUCAUAGAUACAUUUUAGGGUUGCAAAAAUUUUCAGUAGCAUAGCAGAAAAUUCACCCUCGGAAUUUUCGCUCGCCUGAUGCUUCGAAAACGUUGAGGCUAAAAAGCCAUACCGAACUUCAUGCCACGCGGACAUGGGAGAGCCCACUCCCCCACCCCCGCGGCCCGGCCUCUCCUCCGCCGCCGGCGCCGGCGCGACGUCAUGGCCGGAGCUGCUCGCCCCGUUCGACCUCUCCCGCCUCCGCGCCACGCUCUCCUCCCACCCGCUCACCCCGCGCCGCCUCGCUCGCCUCCUCGCGCUCCCGCUCUCCCCGGCCACUUCCCUCCUCCUCCUCGACUGGUACGCCGCCUCGCACCCCGCCCUCUCUCUCCCCUCGCUCCCGCUCCGCUCCAUCCUCGCCGCCGCCGACCCCGCCCACGCUCUCUCCCUCCUUGACUCCAUCCCGGCCUCCCGCCUGCCACCUCUCCGCGAGUCCCUCCUGCUCCCGCUCCUCCGCUCCCUGCCCCCGGGCCGUGCCCUCCACCUGCUCGAACAAAUGCCCCGCCGCCUCGGCGUGGCCCCCUCCUUCCGCUCCUACAACGCCGUCCUCUCCGCGCUCGCGAGGGCCGACUGCCACGCCGACGCGCUGGCGCUCUACCGCCGGAUGCUCAGGGACCGCGUGCCGCCCACCACCUUCACCUUCGGCGUCGCCGCGCGCGCUCUCUGCCGCCUCGGCCGCGCCGGCGAGGCGCUCGCGCUGCUCCGCGGGAUGGCGCGCUACGGGUGCGUGCCCGACGCGGUGCUCUACCAGACGGUGAUCCACGCGCUGUGCGACCAGGGCGGGGUCGCCGAGGCCGCCACGCUCCUCGACGAGAUGUUCCUGAUGGGGUGCGCCGCGGACGUGAACACCUUCGAUGAUGUCGUGCGCGGGCUGUGCAGGCUUGGACGGGUGCGCGAGGCUGCCAGGCUGGUGGACAGGAUGAUGAUGAAGGGAUGUGCGCCGAGCGUACUGACAUAUGGGUACCUCCUGCAGGGGCUGUGCCGAACGAGGCAGGUGGACGAGGCGCGGGCGAUGCUUGGGAGGGUGCCAAAGGUGAAUGUCGUGUUGUUUAACACAGUGCUUGGUGGAUGUCUGGCGAAUGGGAAGCUGGCUGAGGCGACAGAGUUGUAUGAGAUAAUGGGUUCAAAAGGCUGCCCACCAGAUGUGCACACAUACAGUAUAUUGAUUCACGGUCUUUGCAAGAUUGGGAGGCUUGGUUCGGCCGUGCGGAUGCUUAGAGAGAUGGAGGAGAAGGGUUGUGCUCCGAAUGUAGUGACCUACACAACCUUGCUGCAUUCCUUUUGCAGGAAUGGCAUGUGGGAUGACACAAGAGCAAUGCUGGAUGAGAUGUCGGCAAAAUGCUUGAGUAUGAAUUCCCAAGGAUACAACGGAAUUAUAUAUGCAUUAUGCAAGGAUGGACGGAUGGAUGAGGCGAUGAGGCUCAUCCAAGAGAUGAAGAGCCAAGGGUGCAGGCCUGAUAUUUGCACCUACAAUACAGUAAUUUAUCAUUUGUGCAAUAGUGGCCAGAUGGAGGAGGUGGAUAAUCUUUUUGAAAACUUACUUGAAGAGGGUGUUGUUGCCAAUGGAAUAACUUAUAAUACACUCAUUCAUGCACUUUUGCGCAACGGAAGGUGGCAAGAGGGCUUUAGGCUUGCGAAUGAAAUGGUACUCCAUGGUUGCUCUCUUGAUGUUAUUAGCUACAAUGGGCUGAUAAAAGCCCUGUGCAAAGAUGGGAAUGUUGAUCAGAGUAUGGUGUUACUUGAGGAAAUGGUGGAAAAAGGAAUUAAGCCAAAUAAUGUCUCAUACAACAUCCUGAUCAGUGAGCUCUGCAAGACAAGAAGGGUACGUGAUGCGCUAGAGCUCUCAAAGGAGAUGUUGAAUCAAGGGCUCACUCCUGACAUAGUCACUUACAAUACACUCAUAAAUGGACUAUGCAAAAUGGGAUGGAUGCAUGCUGCUUUAAAUCUCCUAGACAAGCUACACAAUGAAAAUGUGAAUCCUGAUAUUAUCACAUACAAUAUUCUCAUUAGUUGGCACAGCAAAGUAAGAUUGCUCGAUGAUGCGGCUAUGCUUCUGAACAAAGCAGUUAUUGGGGGAAUAAUUCCUAAUGAACGAACUUGGGGAAUGAUGGUGCAAAAUGUUGUCAGCCAGCCUGCCAGUCUUGAGGGGUACUAGAACAGGAUUUACUCUAUAUGUUGUAUGCCAUAAUGGCUGCUAGGGAUUUCGGAGUCUGGACUCUGGACAGUUCGAUAUGUUGUAUAGACUGAAAUGGGCACAUCGUAGCUUCCAGUAUAGUGUUUGCCAUGCAGGUUGAUCCAGAUUGUUGGAGCCCUUGUCCACUUCCAAUAUUGAUGACGUACCAUAGCAAAACAUACUAAUGUGUUCCUCAGUCAGACUUUAGCCAUAAUGCUGGCUGAAAAUGCAUGAAUGGGAAGUGAAGAUUCUGGUACUGGUAAAAUUCAUGACUGACAGUCUGACACAUAAUGAAGCUUUCCAUCGGUCCAGUUUUUGCACACCCUACCUGCAGUAUUGAACCACCCCAAUGUAUUGAGUCCAUGUACAGUCUCUAACCAAACGUAUAUGUUAAAAUAAUCUUUGUCAGAUUGGAAAAAAAGCAGCAUAUAGUGUGGAAAAUAGUUGUGCAUCUGUAAUUCUAUUUCAACAUGUUAUCUUGAAAUUUAACCCAACUUGCCCACAGUGUGUUCUUCUGAAUAGAACUGCUUUAGCUGAGAUCCCCAAAGAUGCUUCCAGGGAAUAGUCAAGCUUGGUAGGGUCUUUCUAUUUUCGUGCAGUUUUCAUCUUUACUUUUCAGCACUGUGGUUUUAUACAUUUUAACACUAUACUCCUACUGGGGUCACCAGGCCAGCAAUAUUAGAAGAGAAUUGUAAAAUACGAGUCGAGUUUGUGAUAGAGUCUGUAAGUUAGUAAAGACAGUUGGCAAGUUAGGGAUAAAAUUAGUAUGAAUUCAUAA